AUGAGGACCGGCCACUUCAAGAAGACGACUUGGGCCCGCAUUGAUGUCCCGCGCCCCUGGAUCAAGGCCACCCUCAAUGUCCCGUCUAGAGCUGCCAAUGAAUAUCUUUAUGGCGACCCUAACUCGGCAUGCCUGGCCAUUCCAUUGGCGACCGAGGACUCGGACAUUGCUUUGAUCGAUGGUGCCUUCAAGCUCCUCACUUCCAAAGACCCUGGAGUUCGUGCCCAUGCCUGGACAGACCUUUGUCAAGUCGUUGGACAAAGGACAAGGACUUGUGUCUUCCAUCAAGACCUAUCUGCGUAUAUGUCUGGAUCUGACGACGGCCACCUCAGGAUUCCCGCCUCUUCUUCCUCGAUCUGGUCCCUGGCUCGCUCUGCCUCUCACCGCCUGGGUGUCUUCUGGCUGUUUGAUGAUGGUGACUAUGUCUCCCUAUCCCACGCGGACGCAUCUCUCCAGGCCAGCAAGCGCACUCGAGUAUUCAGGACGCUGCGGACCAACCUCAGGAAAGCUCGUUCCGAAAAGCUUCUCUCUCUGCAAAACCAAGGGAAGGCCUUGGAAUGUGCUGCAUCUGCUAGGGCCAGCUGUCACUUCUUUCGUGAUGGCUCGUUCACGCGCUUUGCUGACUGGCGAUUUGUACACCGAGCCAGAUUCAACCUCGUGCCCUUGAAUGGUGUUCGCCACGGAACCGACAGCGAGCGUGGGUGUCGCAGAUGCAACUACAACAAUGAAACUCUCCCCCAUGUGCUGUGUCGCUGCAUGAGGUACAGCCGGCUUUUCCAACAGCGCCACAACGCCAUCGUGGAACUCAUCAAGAAGGCUGCGAGUAGGCGAUGGAACGUUCUUUCUGAGAACCAGGCCAUUGAAGACCUUCCUUUACGUCCUGACCUUGUUUUCACCAGAUAUGACUCCUGCCUCAUUCUCGACAUUACAGUCCCCUUCGAAAACUGA